GUUCUCCUGGGCUUCUGAACCGCGCGCCGCCGCCACGGGCUGAGGGGCGCCGCGGCACCAGCCCCGCUCCGGGCCGCGCCCCUCCGGCUCCCCCUCCCCUCCAGGCCAGCGGCUCCCUGCGCCACACCCCUCCCCUUGCAGCGUCCCCCCGCCGCCGCGCGGAGCGGGGGAAUGGGCGGUCCUGGCCCUUAGCCCCCCCAGCCGCGGCUGCUCCGAGCGUCUGGCUGGCCUCCGCCCGGUGCGAGGGGCGCUGGUGGGGUCCCCGCGGCUGUGAGUGCCGAUCCCGUCCCCUUCCCCAGCAGCCAUGUCCGGGGUGGUGCGGACCCUGAGCCGCUGCCUGCUGCCGGCCGAAGCCCCCGGCCGCGGGGAGCCGCGGCGGGAGGGCAAGGAGCGGAGCCGGGACUCGGAGCGGGAGGCGCGGCGGCGGAGCCGGGAGAUCGACGCGAUGCUGGCCCGGGAGCGGCGCGCCGUGCGCCGCCUGGUCAAGAUCCUGUUGCUGGGCGCCGGCGAGAGCGGCAAGUCCACGUUCCUCAAGCAGAUGCGGAUCAUCCACGGCCGCGAGUUCGACCAGAAGGCGCUGCUGGAGUUCCGGGCCAUCAUCUACGAGAACAUGGUCAAGGGCUGCAAGGUUCUCGUUGAUGCACGGGACAAACUAGGGAUUCCUUGGCAGUACACGGAGAACGAGAAGCAUGGAAUGUUUUUGAUGGCUUUUGAAAACAAAGCUGGAAUGCCUAUAGAGCCUGCCACAUUCCAGUUGUAUGUACCUGCACUGAGCGCACUGUGGAGGGAUUCUGGGAUCAAGGAAGCUUUUAGCCGUCGGAGCGAGUAUCAGCUGGGUGAAUCGGUGAAAUACUUCCUGGAUAACCUGGAUCGGAUUGGCCAGCUGAAUUAUUUCCCCAGCAAACAAGAUAUUUUGUUGGCCAGAAAAGCCACCAAGGGAAUCGUAGAGCAUGACUUCAUCAUUAAAAAAAUCCCUUUCAAGAUGGUGGAUGUGGGUGGACAGAGGUCUCAGCGUCAGAAGUGGUUCCAGUGCUUUGAUGGGAUAACUUCUAUUUUGUUCAUGGUUUCCUCCAGUGAAUAUGACCAGGUUCUCAUGGAAGACAGACGCACAAACAGACUGGUGGAGUCCAUGAACAUCUUUGAGACAAUAGUCAAUAACAAGCUCUUCUUUAAUGUUUCUAUCAUCCUAUUCCUGAACAAAAUGGAUCUCCUUGUAGAGAAGGUAAAGACAGUCAGCAUUAAGAAGUAUUUCUCAGACUUCAAGGGUGAUCCUCACAGGCUAGAAGAUGUUCAGCGUUACUUGGUGCAGUGUUUUGACAGAAAGCGGCGGAACCGCAGUAAGCCACUCUUCCAUCAUUUCACAACUGCCAUAGACACUGAAAAUAUCCGCUUUGUGUUUCAUGCAGUAAAGGACACAAUUCUUCAAGAGAAUCUGAAGGAUAUUAUGUUGCAGUGAAGAAGAGCACCCCUUGUCUUGUUGAAAUCUACCUGGGGUUAUAAGUCAAAGCUUUUAUUUUAUCUUUAUGGCUCUUGCAUGUGGUUUUAGGACCCAUGCUAUUCACUUGGCUCAGGAAUGCUGAAACUAGCCAGUCAUGGAGGCAGAAGGAGUCCAACAUUGAUGUUAGCUACUGAAUCAUUUGGAAGAGUAACACUACUGAAAAAAGUGGCCGUUGUAGGGUUUGACACCUAGUUUGGAAUGUUGAAUAACACAAUCACCUUCCUAUCUUAGAAAAAUCUAACUCUGACAAACUAUGUAAGGAAGACUUUUAAUGAAAACUGUUGUUUUGCAAGGACAGUAACUGUGCAGACUGCCUUUCUCUGUAGUUUGGAGGUGCUGAGUUAACCAGUCAAACUAAUGUAAAUUAUAAUGAGGUUGGUAGUUGUACUAGAGAAUAAAUGGCAAUAUAUUAAUCACAACUCCACAUGUAAUCUUUAAAUAUGUAACCAGAUCUUGCUUGCAUGUGCAGUGUUUGCCAAGGAUCUGGAGUCCACUUAUCAGUGUGGAUGCACAACUCUUGUCUGACGGUCUUGCAUCAGUCUCUUGAGACACGCAAGUCUAGGACUAUAAAUGAAAUGCAGUAGAACUAUAAAUGAAACCUACCAGGCUAUGUGAGUCAUCUGUCCUGCCAUUCCGAAGUCAAAUGGAGGAGAAAAUUAAGGCCUGGCUGAUGUGGACAAUAUUUUGUUUUGCACUACAUAUACAGUGUCUUACAUCAUGGGAAACUGACUUCCACAGUAAUACAGCUUGAGGCACGUACUAGAACAUCUGACCACAUAUCUGCACAUAGUGGCUGCUCUAGUGAGGUGUCAUUUACGGAAAUUCAUCACUGUUCUCACACCUGCAGUUGGCAGUAUUUGUAAAGCUCCAGUCUCUCAAAUAACAGGGCUUUAUCUGUCUCCAAAUGUGUGGAAGCUGAUUAAACUUUUUAGCAAAAUUUUUGGUGAUAGAGCAGCUGCUUGAUUAGUUCCUAACAGCUGACCUUACACUUCUUACACAAGAAGAGCCAGCACUCUUGAGAUCCCAAUUUUACAGCUGCACUGAUACGUUCGGACAGCAGGACCCUGCUGUAAACUAGCCCAUUUUUAAUCUUUUUCUUAAUGGGAUCUUUAGCGUAUAUUAAUUUAUAUAUAGUAUGAGUAAACUGUCAAAAUUAGUUGCCCAUUUCGGGCAAUGGUGUACACGUGUGAAAUUGCAAGAGGCUGUGAAUAAUGUUGAUGUGAACUGUUGACUUUCUAGCUCUCUAAACUUACGUAGUUAACUAUCAGGUGCCUUUCUUUGUGUACAGAUAAUUCCAACUAUGUCUACUACAAUGAGGUACAUAAACAAAAUUUAAGAUCUGCCUUUUAUUUCAAUGCUGUAGUGUCUCUCUUUUUUUUGUUUUUUCCUUCCCAGGGAACUUUCAAACACAAAUGUUUACUGUGCAGUUGGUACCAUAGUUUGAUUUUAUUUAAAAAAAAAAAAAUCAGAAGGGCUUUCUCUAGCUAGACCAAGUCAAUAGAAUCUCUGUAUUUCUUGUCCCCUUUAAAACUAUAAUGACAUGUCAAAAAAGGAACACUUCAGCAUUUAAUCCAUGAGAAAUGCUGAUCUAAAAAGAACCCUGCUCGGGAGUUUUCACGUGUUUAACUUGGAUAAAAUCUAGAAUCCUUCCUUUUGUGGCUUGCAGAAGUUCAUUUCUCUGUGUGUGGUAUACGCAGCUUCCUAAUGCAGAAAUCUGCUGCCCUUGUAGCUUUCUUUGUGCUGGCUUCAGGAGUGAAAAGGAUGUGGUUGUGUUCUAGUUUUAUAUAAUGCAUAUAAAAUGUUUGAAGUAAACCAGUAAGGAGCUGCAGACAGAAAAAUCUAUUUAUUUUAAAAUUACACUUCCACUAGUUCUCAAAUGUAAACAGUAGUUAAUUGCCUAGUUAGAAAAGUCUUACUCACCAGGGACCAAUUUUACUUUUAGUGAUUUUUUUUAAAUAUAAAAAGGAAAAUAUCAAAUCACCCCGUCUUGAAUGUUCUGCAUUGUUACAGAUGAGGAUUCUGUUAUGGUAAUUGCAUUUGGAAAGGUAAAUGUUUCAACAUGAGGUGUUACAAAGAGUAGCUUAGGGGUCUAGUGGAAUGUAUUUCUUCUGAGCAUGUCUCUUUAUUUGGUUAAACGAGAUCUAAAGUGUUAACUCUUCAUUACUUAAGCAUUCAAAUAUUGUAUUUAGACUUUGCAGUAGUUUCUACUCAACAGAAAACUUUAGCACUAUAGCAGGGCAACUCAAACUGCCUAACUUCCCAGUUGAUUCUUUGUGUACUUCAUUAUUUUACCGAGUGUUCUAUUUGGAAUAAUGUUCUGCCCAUUUAACUCUUGAGAAAACAUUCCCUUUUUAGAACCAGAUAUUAUUGAAAAGCUGCUUCAGUUUUACAUAUGAAGUCUGCCGUAGCUUUAACUGCAAUACUGGAGCAUGAAACUACUCUUCUUUUUAAUGCAAAUUUAAGGUCUUGUAUCCUUGGUCAUCUUACUGAUUUGUAGAAGAACUAAGCUAAUAAAUGUGGUGUUCUCAAAGCAACUCUCACUGUUACAGUUGCACCCUGAAAAGUAGCAUCAUGCGUUUCCAUGUUUAAUAUCAACAACUCUUAACAAGUUUCAUUUUUUUGUAAUAGUGGUAAAACUACCAGUUCUUCUGGCAUGCUGGGGCUGCUUCGUACCACAAAGUUGGCCUGUUAAGGCCCCAGGAAGAAGGUGGGGACAUAGGGCUGCAUGACCAUGAUGCCUCUAGACUGCAUCAAUCCGCAGGUGCUAUCUUGUCUCCUUUGGGCCAUUAGGUGUAAGAGCAGCCUAGCUUUGGUCUGGUACCGUCCCUUCACACAGUAGCCCUGUGAUUGGGGAAAUGUAGAGGAGAAUUUUUUGUGCACAAGUCAGAAUAUGGCUCUCAGCCAUAGCUAAGGAGCUAGCUCACGUUUUACUCACUGCAAGCCCUGUAUAUUCUACUAAGGCUCUGUAACUUAAGAAGCACUCUUGCUCAACCAUUAUCAUCCAACCAUCAAGACUUUACAGUUGGUUAACAGUUUUGAUGGGGGAUCUAGAGAACAAUUCAGGUCAGUAUUCCAUAGCUCUAUUCUGCAACACAAAGAGCGGUUAAAAAAUAUCAAACUUGUCUUUGUCAAAAGUAAUCAAUAUGGCUCUGAAUUUGUAAAUGGAAAAUUUGAUUUAGUCACACUUUUGACCAUAACCACAAACAAAAAUUAGACUGGAAUACGAUGUGCUUAACUACUUUAAUGCAAAAUGACACCUUUAAUGUAAGUUGACACUAUGCCAUAUUACUGACUGCUUCAAGGAUUCAAGCGCACCACUGUUUUUAGUGCAAUACGUAAAUUAGUUUGAAACAGGUUUGAGUGGACCUGUGUCUUUGGUGCAUGAUUAAACCAUCUUAAGCAGAGUAGUUUGGAGACACUAGCUAUCUACUAUGUUAGGUGAAUAUACGUCUUUCAGGUGUAGUUAUAACGUGCAUUGUCCAGUCAUAGUGUGACACUUCAUUGAGAGUUUCCACUAGAAAAUCAAAAUACCCUCAGUCCAGCAGGAUUUCCUCUUGCAAAGACACUCUCAUUCUAAAGUGGUAAAUACAUUUACCUGGCUAGGACAUACUUUUAAAUAGUACAAUAAAGCUAGUCAUCUGUGGUACUAGUAAUUACUAAUGCAGAAUUCAAAAGGUACUACCCAGUAUUGUGCAACAAUCUUUAGCCAGACUUGGUGGUCUGCUCAAUUCUUUUGCAAGAAACUGAUUGUAUUUUUCAGGGACAUCCUGGAGACUAUUUGCUGGUAAACACAGCUGGGAGGGACAGCUUUUUUUUUUAAAUAAUAAACUUCAUAAGUUAUUGUUCAACUGACUAGUCAGGAAAUGGGUCACAGGCAAGACUACAAUCAGGUGGAGGCCUAGAACAUAAGCUUUAAAAAAAAAAAAAAAAAAAUUAGGCUGUCCCUCAUUUGUCACAUGCAGGUCACUGACAAGGGUCCUCCAUGUGUUUUGUCUCCAGCAAGGACAAAGAGGAAAUGCUUGCAGCAUGUUUAAGCAGGAGAGCCCUAUAAUGUGAUCUACUAUCAGUUUUAUAAAAAGUGGCAGAUGGGAGCCUAUGUUGAAAAUCAUGUUGGUGUCUUGUGCCAAAGCCAAUGUUUUGAAGACUCCUUCAGGUCACGGGGAGGUGCCUUUCCCUCAAAGUAGCUAACCAAUAAGUUGCUCUUUGAAUUAGCUACCUACAAGGCAGUAACUGCUCUAGAAUUACCAAGUGAAUUGGGCUUAAACAAUUUUUAUCUUUGAAAUGUUACAUUAUAAUUGUCGAUGAACUACAUGUUUAAUAGGUAACUGCCAUUUUUAACAACCCAUUGAACAAUAUUCUUGAGAUAUAGGGGGAACACAAGGUAUUGUGGUGACAAAGAUUUAAUGGAGUUAAGAUUAUCAGCUGCUCUAUUUUAAAUAACUCUAGAAUAUUUCUAGUUUCCAUUAUAACUACACAUCUGAAUCUCAUUCCAUGUAAUAUAGCAGAGUAGACUGUUUGAGCUUGCCAACUUUAUAGUAAAUUACAUGUUUAAAAUUGUGCUGUUAAACCUAGAACUGUGCUGCUAAUAUGUCUGAAGGCGCUUCCACCGACUAGCAUUUCUGCAGGCUUUUCAAAGCUAACUAAAGGGUUAACAGAUUUGCUGGCUUAAGUUCAAACAGAGUGGAGCGCAUUUGUGUAGCUCAGAUUUUGGUAUGGAAGGAGCUAUAGUUUAAACAGUGUGGGAGGAGCUGAUCGGGCCAAAGACUAAAAUUUCACUCUAUUGAAGCUAUGACAGCAGCUGAAGUGGAGACUGGGGUAGUGUGAAAUGUAUUCCAUCACUCCAUCCACAACACUGAUUUCCCUUUUCUGCCCAGAAUAGUGGCGCAAGGCUUUUAGGGGUGUUAUAAGUUAUGAGGCAGUACCUAGAGUAAUCAGGAUAUAAUUGAGUCUGUCCAGCUUACCUGUGUCUUGUGUAUGGGUUUCUUCCAUUCCCCACUUCUGUGAUGGUCUUUCAAUUUAGUGCUGGUUCUCUAGUGCUCUGUAAAGAUUUAUAAUGGGAGUGUUUUAUUACUGUUCAUGUGAAGCCCAUUUUCUCUGGGCUUCACAGCUCAGGUUUUUCCCAAACCUGUGAUACAAAGUUGUUUAAAGUGGGGGGGGAGGGGGAGGGAGAGGUCUUGAAUCUCUGCAAGCCUUAUUCUGGAUGAAUCACUCUUAUUUCUUCCUUGAAAAUAUCUUGGCUGACUGUAGUUGUCGUACUUCUAGGCUGAGGCAGCUUAAUUAACUGACUAGCAAGAAAUGAUGCUUUUGAGCAACUGCCUCCAUACCCUCAAAAUCCAACCAUGCACCUGAGCUCAACCUCCCUGGACAACAGGUGCUAUAAAAUUGCUUCCCCAUUUAUAAGCCGCUUGGUACUGAACAGUCCUGGUGAAUGGACAGAAGCACAGGGGUAUCCUGUAAGGAAUUUUCCUGGUCAAGGAAAUUGCAGCAUGGAGGCUGAGCCAUUGAAGGGAUUAGAAACCCUUUUGUGCCACACAUUAUUUUCUGUCCUUAGACAAACUAAGGCCCAUGUUCAUUUCCUCUUGUGCCCUAAACUUGCCAGGGGACAGCACUUUGACUCCAUUUGAUAAAGAUAGUAUCAGUAUGGCCUUUCUGUUUGCACCAAUGAGCAGGGCAAUGGCACUGUAACCUAUUCUGUAAUUCCUUGCUAUGCCUACAACAAUAACGUGUUCAGUCCCUCUAACUCAUUGCUCUGGCAAUAGGUAAAAUGUAAAUGCUCCUCACUUGAUGUGCCCCUCUUGCAUUCGAUAAUGAAAAUCCCUUGAAACAGCUGAACUUACUUGUUUAGCAGCCUAGAGAACAGCCCCCACCCUUGUUUUAUUACAGUAACAAAACACACCUUAUGCUUUGCAUUCUCCAUAUAGUUGCCUUUGUGAGCAGAGAUGCUAUGUGGUGGGGCCUUGAUUCUUUUCUUAACAACUUUGAAGGGAGUUGCAUGCAGAAAACUUCCCUCAGAUGUUUAGGGCGGCUUUUAUACACCUACCAGGAUUCCAACUUUCAAACGGAAUGAGCCUUGAGGCCUGCAUGAUGUUUGAUGGUUAUCAACAGAUGUUCACAUCAAAACAGCUAUUGGUGCUGUCAACCAACCAGCUGUAUGCCAUCCAGGGGCAAUAAAAACUACACAAACUAACAUGUGUUUUUUUUUUAAAGUGCAACUUGCUAUAAAUCAAAUACUGAUCUCCCAUGGAUGUAGGCAGUACCUAUUUUUGCAAGCUAGUAUUAGUCUCUUUCCCCAUAGCAGUUGUCCAGUAUGCAUUAAACAAAGUGGUGUAGUGAGGUUGUAGACAUCCAUUGUAAGCCCAAAUGUACAUCAGUGUAAGUGCUAUCUGAACACCAGCCCAGAAUCGUUUAUUAAACGAUUCUGGGCUGGUGUUCAGAUAGCACUUACACUGAUGUACAUUUGGGCUUACAAUGGAUGCCUUCUCCCUUACUCUGUAACACAAUACAAGUCGGUGGAUAGAGAGAUACUUCAGCAGCUCCUCUAAAGCAAUUAUACUCUUUGGUAAGUGAGUUAUCUAAUGAUUUCCACAAUGGCUGCUUCUUGGAGGAUGGUGUAUUCCUAGAACAGAUCUUUAAGCUUGGCUUAGUCAGUGCCAGUCUUAAAUUGAAUAAGCAUGGAGUCCCCUCCACUCUCACUUCUGGAUGUUCCAGCCUAAGAGGGAGGUAGGUUGACAGGACAUUGCAGCACCUGCCCCUGUGCUUGUGUUGCUGCUGUCAGCGUUGAGUAUUUCUUGUGGCUAGCUGGAGGGCUCCCCCACUUGGUGCUGUAAAACGGUAUUUUUUUUUUUUUUAGUGAGCACUAAAUUCACUUUUUUUGUUUUUUAAACAAUGACACUAAAUUGUUUAACACAAAUGGGGAUGAAGGGCAGCUAGGAUAUUCAGAACUGAGGCUGGUUCUCUGUUAACUAGUCAGGUGGUGCCUCUGUGUGAGUCAGUUUAGUCUUGACUCCAAAUUGCUUGGCUCUUUGUAAGUCUGUAUCUCUUUUUAAUGGCAUCUUUAAAAGCAGUGUUUAGGUUUCUGUCUCUGUGUUGACAUGCUUGUCUUUCCAUGUGAGGAAAGGGGAAGGGAGACACGGAUGGCUCCAGUGUCAGCAGUUCUGUGGCUGCCUUGCUGUACUCUGUAAACUACUACCGUCUAGCUCUUGGCAUAUGUCCAUGGUUCAUCUGGCUGACUUGGAAAGAACCACUGUCAGAAGGAAAGAGCUGCACUGAUGUCCUCCAAGAUGGACUUUCUGGUGAACAGCCAAAGGAUAUUGUUGGGACGGGGGGGGAGAGAGCAGCGAUCUAGUUUCUAAAUGGAUCCCAAAUGCUUCUGCUUAUAUACUUGUCUGUAUAUUGAAACAAAAUGCCAUCAGUAGUGAGUUUGUAUUCUUUGAUAACUGACUCCAGGAAAGCUAUUUGGCUGUGUAUUCUACCAGCACAUUGGCACGGCUAUAGCUGCUUGCACUUCCCUUAUAAAUCUUUUUUUCCAACUGUUUGUAACUGGGUCCUAUAAACUCAAUCCUUCCUGACUUGACAUGCAAGCCUCUUGUCAGUCAGCAUGCCUCACGCCAAUUUAAAAACGAGUUAACCUUGCUUUAAGGUAUUAAAUUGUGAGGAGUAUGCAGAGACAACUGCUUUAAAGGGGUCAGAUUGCUUCAGGUUACUUUGAGGCAUGAGGGCAUCUUGUUCAAAAUCAGCUGCUGCUCUUACAGUACUUCACACAGACAUGUGUUAAGCUCACAUGCUUGGCACAAUCGUGAGUAAAUGAUCUUUCAACAAUCCACAGGAUUUAAAGGCCCUGUGGUAAAGUCUGCUUUGGAAGUUGUGUUUCAGUUCAUAGACAUUAGUCUGUUGGAUAAAGUGUAUUUUUCCGGAUAAGCCUGUUCUGUUUGUAGAAUUUGCGCAAUAGACUAGAACAGCUAAUACACCUUGUUAUUAAUGACUGACUGCACACAACAAUGUCUCUAAAACCUACACAUAAAGAUUGGCCAAGUGUGUUGUUACUCUUUUAAACAAGCUGUCUGUUUUUGUUUUUUUUAUUUGAUUUGAAUCGUAUACAAAUGAAACGAUUAGGGCUAUGAGUGUGUUACACAGGUCUCAGAGUUCUUUGGCUUCAGCCCUGCUUGGGCUUCAGCUUCAGCCCCACAUGGUAGGCUCAGGCUUCAGCAUGAUUUAUUGUUGAUCACCUGUCUUCUCUCUGUGACUUUUAAUAAAAAUACCUGUGCCAAAAUCCUAGCCGUUGGAAUGACAAAACACUAGUUAAUUUUGUGACACAAUCCUGCAUCUUGGAAAUCGAUUUUAAAAUGUUACCUUCUCUGCUAUAACACCGUAUGGUGCCUAGGUAUUGUAGCACACAUACUAUGCAAUAUCAUACAACUGUUUUUAAACCAGUUUGCUGCAUUGGGCAGGAAGGGCCUGAGUUUAGCCUUAAUUUCUAACAACUCACGUAAAACUUCUUUUUAAAGACGGUGACGAACUAAAAUAAGUUGAGGUGAAAAAGGCAUUGCUCAUUUAAGUGUCUUUGUAGAACUAUAACCGCAUCCACCAUAGAAGCAGCCUGUUUGCUGUGAUCGUCUCAACUUAUGAAAACUGUGUACUAGAUAAAAUUAUAUUGUGGUGUGUAAAAAGUGUAUUUUAUAGUUUUGGUGAAUUAGUUUACUGUUUUGUAUAUAUGAAUUUUAUAAAUAUUAAAACUUGACUUGUUAUACUGUU